UCAUCACGUCAACGUCAGGUUUCUAUUGGUCCGUUGCUACGUUGAUUGGUAAAAGGAAACGGCUGACUACUAUUUAGAGAGAGAGAUGGAGGGUGUUUGGCGGCAUGCUCAAAACACACGGAGGAUGGACUCGGCCCGUAGUGGAAGUAUCUGUAGGCGUUUCAUAAAUGGCUCUUGCAGGUUUGGUUCAAGGUGUAAUUAUCGACAUGAAUGGCCAGUUAUACCGCCAUCCCAAAUAUGCAGGUACUUUCAGAAAGGUGGAUGCUGGUAUGGUGAACGCUGCAGGUAUCUCCAUGUCCUUCAACCACCUGAAGCUGAUGCAGCUGUUGAAGGUAGAAGAGGAUCAAUGCCUACAGUUUCCUCCUCCAGUUUUGCCUAUGCUCCACCUGACAGAAGAGGGUCAGAACCGGCUCUUCUGCGGGCCGAGGUGACAUCCAGGCAGCAAUGCAACAGAUCACAAUUGGUUAAUGUCUCAAAUCCUCAACACAACACCGGGCGCCUGGCAGCAGAUAUUGCUGAGGAACAAUCACAAGAUUACACUCGCACUCCUCACACUGCUUCUUGGAAUUCGGUCCAGAGCUCAGAAGUUGCUCAAGCGUGUGCAUGUGAUGGAAGAACUGAGCAGGAGACUUCCUCCAAUGAAUCGACAGAGGAUGGUGCAGCUGCUGCGGCCUCUAGUACCCGGGGGAAUAUUGAGGAAAUAGAGGCCAUCCUCCAAAGUAAAAAUGUGACCUGUGGCAUCUGCAUGGACAAGGUGUAUGAAAAGACGGAUCCAAGAAACCAUGUUUUUGGAAUCUUGCCAAACUGCAAUCACUCCUUCUGUUUACAAUGCAUCAUGACCUGGAGGAAAACAAAAGACCUCGGGCCGGAUGUGGUAAAGAGCUGCCCACAGUGUCGAGUGAGGUCCGCCUUCUAUGUGCCUAACAAACACUGGGUUGAAGGACGAGCAAAGGAACGUUUAAUUGCUGCCUUCAAAGAGAAAUUCAGUAAGAAGAGAUGCAGUUACUAUUCCCGAUACAGAUGCUGCCCCUUCAAAACGGAGUGCCUUUAUCGGCAUGACAAACAUGAACGUCACGGGUCAUUUCCGUAUUAUACAGAAGAUGAAGACUACGAUGGUGUAGAUCUGCUUAAUCUUUUCAUAGCCAUGACCCUUCUCGGUGACGAUGAGGACAGUGACGAUGAUGACGACUUUGGCUUUCCUUUUUACCUAUCUGAGGAGUACGGUUUCUGAGCCUUUUUCAUUCUUUUUUGUCAGUGCCUGAAACCACUGAACGGGGUCUUGUUCUAAAAUUGUCCCCAGAAGAACACAUGGCUGUGCUUGGAAAUGCGGGCGUGUACACUCUGCGGCACAUGGUUUGUUGCCCCUGUUCUAGAUGUAAGCAUCCCAGAUGUGAUGCAUCUUUGAUCUGUCGAAUGAUAUUGUGGCUAAUCUGUGGUUUUCUAGUUUGGAUUUAUUUCACUCCUGUGGCCAUAGUGUUUCAAACAUGUUGCAGAUUGUUAAUUUUCCCUUAACCUGAUUAAUCAAUUCUGACUUCUUGUAGCAAUUUGCACCAUUUUGAUAUUUUAAAGUGUUGUGUGGAUGGUAGUUUUAAUUAUCUAUAGAUAAAAAGUAUGCUGUUACCCCUUCUUGCUAAUGUCCACUACUGAUGAUACACUACUGCCUCAAGUGAUAGUCAUGAGACCCUUUACCUAUUUUUGGCAAGAAUAUAAAAUGUAAGAUUUUAUUUCUUUUUAAACAAGUUGUACUUGUACACAGAAAAUAAAACAUUGCUUCACACUUUGUCUCACUGAAAA